GAAUAGCAUCUGUGUUAUGCGACAUUCACGUUGGGAUGUAAAAGGGGAGCAGCAGGAUGGGCCUAAGGACCAGCCAAGAAGGUGGAAUAAUGGUUCAUCUCAAAUGGAUUGGAAUAUGAGAACCGAUGCUGAUGCUCAUCCCAGACUCUCAUCACCACCUCGUCAUAGACCAUCACUGCUUGGCACUCCACCACGACUCAGAAGGACUCCUUCUCCCAUAGACUAUCGUAGUGAAAGCAGGCGGCAACAUGAUAAUCAGCAAAGUGAUGGUGUUUCUCAAAAUGUAGGACCACCUCAUAGCUCUCAGCAGUCUUCGAUGGGUCCCCCAUCAACCCAGUAUGCUGGGUCAUGGCCCUUGCUGACUCAUCCCAACAUUUAUGCUGAGUCAGAUCAGGGUCAUCACCCACUUGCACAAUACCCAGCAAGGCUCUGGGGCCAGAAUCAUCCAACUUAUUAUGCAGGGGAAACAGGACAGUAUAUAUUUGACUUGAAAUGGUGGGCACAACAGAAGCAGUCUAUGGAUGCCUAUUUAGGUGGUCCUUGUUGGAGAAAUGAUAAUAAGAAUGCCCACCAAAGCCAAUUUCCACAGUGGUCAUUUGGUACUCGGGUUAUGAAGAACUAUCCAAAAAGGAACAACGGUAACAGUAACACCAGUGCCAACCACAGAUCUGGAAGUAGAGGUCAUCCCCAUGAAAGCAGUUUUAGUGGACAUGACACUCAUUUCAUGAUCAUGCCAGAAAAAACAGAGAUGGUGUGUAUGAUGACCCCGAAGAUGCUGAAAACCCAUCGCAGACCAUCGUCCCUGUCUCUUCAUGGGCAUAAGAGUCGCGAUAAUUUACAAGAUUUGCAAAGAAGGGCUGGGACUGAUUUUAGAGAAUUUAGGAAAAUUCAUCCCUCACAUCAGCCAGUUAAAGAUACAUGGGGGAGUAAUGAAAAUGUUUUAGAAAAGGGGAGAGGGAGUAGAAAUGGGAAAAAGACAAAACAGAAACAGCCAGUAAGUCGAUUUGAAAGUGGCCUCGCACGUGGCUUGAAAGGUAGUGAUUCAGGUAAAUUACUGAGAUCAAAUACUGGCCAUGGUAAGAUUCCGAAGUCUUUUGGUAAUGGUGCUAUGCCUGUAGUCAUGCAGUCUAGAUUUGAUAUAUCCAGAAAAAUUAAAAACAAGCUCAAAGGGAAGCGAAUGAAGGCAGAUGAGAGCGCUACCUAUGCUGAAGCUGCUAAAAAGAAAGCACUUGCUGCUGCUGCUAAUAAACUUCGAAAACUUUUCUUGCUGCGAAAAAGAAAAAAGGUGGGUGGAGAGUCCUCAUCUAUAGAUGAUGAGGAUGAUGAUGAUGGAGACUCUUGUGAAAUGGAGGAAAAUAAUGCUCAAGAUUUAUCCAUGCCUCGACGACAACCUAGUUGCCUUGAGUUUGAUAUUGAUAUUAGAUUUAGUGCUAAAGAGUGGGCGUCAGUUGGCCGUGGCCAAGGGGGAACCAGUAACAUUCUUGGAAUGCCACAAGGACCAUCAUCAUCGAAAAAGCAUGGUAGUACCGCAGACAAAAAUAUUGGGUUAUUAGGGGGGUCAAGUCAUGGCUGUGAUAAAGAAGGAGAGGAGCAGGAAGAUUCUGGAACAUACUCAGACUCUGACCUAGGGAGAGCGAACCAUCACUGGUCCAGUAUUUCUUCUCAUUCCUUUCCACGCAGACGACAUCUCUCGGAGAGCUCCGGUGUAAUGGAUUUGAGAAAAAAUCCAAAUAUUGCACCUUUUGCAUCCAGACCAGGACCAGGAAGAGUAAGGUCCUGUUCUCUGAGUGUUGUGGAAGGAGCAAGUUCAUCAAGAGAUGAACGCAGGUUGUUCUGCGCAACAGGACCGCAUUCAUUGAAGUUCAGUUUUAUGCCAAAACUUAAAAGAAUAAUGUUGAAGCAGCUUCUCACAAUGGAUAAAAAAUCACUGCAGGAGCUUGUAGAUGAUCCCAGAUCAAGGAAAGCUCAAUUUAUGAUGACGCAUCUUAUGUCAGAGCAUCGUGCAGCUCUUUCCCAGCGAUUAAGUCAACAGAGGUUCAAAACAACAGAAGUAAUACCGGAUGAUGAGCUUCAAUUGCUGAAUAGUUUGGAAUCAUCUCAGCUGAAUUCAUUCCCAUCAGAUGUUGUCCAGCAGGUACGUGAAAUAUUGGCAAUGGAGCAGAGUGGUGAUGGAAGCACUUGGGAAGAAGUGUCACUCUCAGUCAAUGAUCUCCUGAAUGCUGAUUCAGAUCCAGACUUGGACUGUCAGAUCAUUUCCCCACCUCCUCGUGACCCAACCUCUACUAUCACAAUCCAUGAUUCUGAUUCAGAAAUGGAGGAAGUUUUGCAGAAUGAAGAAGUCAGGGAACAUGAUGAUGAUGAGGUGGAAGAGGAAGAGGGAGAGGAAGAAGAAGACGAUGAUGAUGAGGAGGAGGAUGAAGAAGUUGAAGAUGAGGAAGAGCCAGAAGAAGUACCUGAAGUACCUGAUGUGUGCUCAGCUGUAAAGAGCACCAUCACAAAAAUGGAGGCUUCUACUCCUGAUGCAAAAGCAAGUGAGCCAUCCUUAGAUAUUAUGCCUCCUGUGCCUGUCGAGGUGUCUUUAUGUGUGAUGGAUCCUAUUGGUGCUGUACCGAGCAGUAGCCGGGAAAUGGCAGAACAAGUAACAGAUAAAAUCAACAUGAUGAGCCCUACGCCAGUAGCUGUAAGUCCUCAAAGGCCACCAGUGCCAGAGGUCCCUGUUCCUGGCCCUAGUUCCAUACUCAUCAAUCCAGGUGGACUCAAGGUUAAGGAAGAACGACCAUCCCCUGUUAGUGAGUGUGGACUUUGCAUGCACAAUCCACGAACACCUCAUACCUCGGAAUGUCUAUACCCUUUUGGUGUGGCUCCUCCUUCACCAGUAGCAUUGAUGCCAGGGCCACCACGGCCUUUAGGAACAACUCCUCCACAAAGACCAGUGCCACACCUUCCAUCAUCUGCUCCACAACCACCAACAGUUCCAUUAGCAACAUCACUUUACCAGAGAUCUAUCAAACAAGAAAAGCUUGAUGGUAUGUUGCCAGCCUGGAACAUGGAAAUCCCUGAACUCUGUGACACAAACGUUGAUGGGGCUUGGAACUCUUGGAGAGGAAUCCAUGAUCAAAGGGCAGACAAAGACACAUUCUAA